UGUCGUCAUUGCUACGAUAGCAAGUAUCAAACAUCAACAUUCCGAGUUGUAGAUUUACGGGAUACUUAUGAUUUCGAGUUUCUACAACGACACUUAUAACAUUUAUCCAAACGUCUUGAUACGUAGACAAAGAAUCAAGAAUCGCCACCAUGCAACGGUCGCAAGCUACUCCUAGCACGCCGUCGAGCAAAUCUCCACUCAACGGCUUCUUUAGAAACGGCGUCUGGCAUUGCAAUUGUAUUCCUCGGCUUCCGGCGGUCCAGUUCACGGUCAGGAGGGACACAGCCAACAAAGGUCGCUCGUUCUACACUUGCCAGAAAGACAAAGACAAGAAGAACAAAUGCGACUUCUUUUUAUGGACCGAGGACGCCCAUGAGCGCGAAAUUGGCGCUGUUCUAACUAAUUCGCGCAGCGAGGCUGAGGGAACUCCGAGCCAUAAGCCGAAAAGGCAGAGGACGCUGCACGAGAGCAUUACCCCAGCCAAGGAGAAGAGGCCGGAAGGAGAGAAGACGCCAGUUACUAGUAUUUCUGAGCUAAAUCGUAUGCUCGGCCGCAACCAAAAUGGCGAGAGCGCUGUCUCUUCUGCGACUCUGCAGAGCGAGACGGUGAGAGGAAGCCCGAGCAUUAGUAAGACGCCGGUCAAUAACACGGGCGGCCUUUUUUCUUCGGACGAGGAUUCGGACGAAAUGGACGAAAUAUUCAAGGAAUUAAGUGAGAAACCAGUACCCAGCGCAACCCACGGCACACCGUCAGCAGGAUCCAAGAGAAAGCGACCGGAAGUCGACGACUACAGCGAUUUCUCCUCUGGCGACGAGGAGGUGCUCGCGACCAUCGCCGACAACUCCGCUAAGGCCCAGACAAGACAUCGCGACGCGUGCGAGACGCCUUCCGCGAACCGGACGCUCGUCGCGGAAGACGGGCUACCGACUCCCCUCACCGAGAAACCCGUUCGUCGGGUCCUGUUCGCCGACCAAGGCGGCAUGGGGAAGCGGGUGCGCACCGACGACAACGGGUCUUUCUCGACGCCCGCCGCGUCUACUUCGUUCGCCUCCGCUUCCACGCCCAAGCACACGUCCGCAUCACCGUCCUCGACCCCGUCUUCGUCGCAGGGCAAGAGCAACCCGACGACGACGAUCACGGACGAGGUCAUGGGACUCCUGGACGGCGCGCGGCUCGACGGGGACGCGGAGCGCGCCGUGCGCGCCGCGCUGGACAGGCACGCGGCGCGGGCCCGGGGCCUCGAGAAGGGGCGCGACGCCGCGCGCGAGGCGAUGAAGACGGCCAAGGCGCAGAUCGCGGAGCUGCAGGCCAGGGUCGCGCACCUGGAGAAUCAGAAGAGGUUGGAUGCUGGCGCGCGGCAGAAGAUGCGGACGGAUCUUAUGAAGCUGUAUCGAGAGAGUUAGGGGUUUUACGGAUAGGAUGGGAAGCAGGGGACCAGCGAGGUUAGGCUAGGAUAGGGGAGGGUAUGUACAUAUGAGGCGUACAUAUGUGGCCGUCUUGGGGUAGUUGGUUGCGACUACCGCCUAACUAGGACGGUUUGGUUUACGAGGCUUAAAAUCGGUUACGUGAAAAUGGUACUUAGCGAGCUCUCGAAGGUUGAGGAUACCCUUUUGGUUUUGGUUUCAGGAGUCUGGACGUCCGGCGGGACUGUGGAUACGUAGCUAGGCUUAAUUAUAAGGCGUUGGUACAGUCCAGGUCUAGUACCCGUCUUAUUUAGACCUACAAUAAGAAUGUGUUGAUAUGAGCUCUAUUUGAGAAC